AUGGCGUGCUUGGGAUGUCCAGAUUUUUUCUAUUGUAGCUCACAUCACAAGGAACAUCGUGGUACGCUGAAUAUAACUUUGGAGAAACUGACUGAUAAAUGUAAUAAAUUUCUCGAAGAAAUCGAAAUAGAAACAAAGGAUCCACAAAAGCACGCAUUAAUGAAAACUAUUGACGAAUGGGAAACGAAAUCGAUUGAAAAGAUUAGACAACUGGCACAAGAAACUAGAGAGGGAUUGAUCCCUUAUGUCAAAAAUUUUAUUCCACGAGUAAAAAUGCAAUUGUCAACUUUAAAUGAUAAAGUUCAUCAAAAUCCUGAUAAUGAUGAGUUCGUGGACACUGACAUAAACAAUUGGCCAAAAGAACUACAAAGACUAGAAGCAAUAUUGAACGAUCCACCUUAUUUUACCGUUCGACAAGGCUCUACAGAAUUUAUCAGCAAAAUCUAUUUUGAAGCCGGAGUUAAUAUUCCUGCUAAUGCCACAUGGGCACAGCUAGGUGUGACUAUUGCUGGAGGUCACGGGUGUGGUGAUGCCACUAAUCAACUCUACCACCUUCGUGGUCUCUUCGUUGAUGACGAUAAAACAGUGUUUAUUGCUGACAACGAGAAUCAUCGUAUCAUCAAAUGGAAGAGCGAUGAUACAACGAGUGGACAAGUUGUUGCUGGUGGCAAUGGCCGAGGAAAUGGAUUGCAUCAAUUGGAUCGACCAACAGAUGUAUUAAUUGACAAAGAGACGGACAGCCUCAUUAUUUGUGAUUGA